AUGGAAAUAUCUACCACAAAAACCAAAUCACUCGUCGUUUCAAAGGAACCAAUUAGAUGUAAACUUGUAGUUGAGGACCGACCAAUAGAACAGGUUAUGAGGGUUGCAUAUUUGGGCGUGCAGAUCUCGUCCAAUCAGGACAGAACUCGGGAAAUUAAAGAACAAGCAAAUAAGGCGGCAAGAAUAUCGGGUGCUCUUGGAGACAUUGUGUGGAACAACAAACACAUGCGCAAUCAAACCAAGGUCAGAAUAUACAAAACUAUUGUGAGACCAAUUAUGACAUACGGUAUCGAAACGAGAGCCGAUACUAAAGUAAUGAAGAACGCACUGCGAACUGCUGAGAUGAAGGUGCUCAGAAACGUCCUGGGCCUCACAUUACGAGACAAAAGAAGAAAUGAAGAUAUUCGCAGCGAAUGUGGGGUUCCGGAUGUAGUCCGAUGGGGUCGCAAUAGGCGAAGAUUAUGGAAUGCCCACGUGGAAAGAAUGGGCGAUGGAAGAAUUGCGAAGAUUGUGAGAGACGGAACACCGGGAACACGCAGACCGUUGGGGAGACCACCAAAACGAUGGAGAGACUCAUGGACUUCGAUCUCACAGGAGGCAUAA